AUGUAUUUACCUUUAUCCAUUGGAGGGCCUGACCUAACUUAUCACUCGGACCAGCUGCCAGCACGGCCAUCUCCCGAGCAUUUGCUCCCAGGAUAUACUCCCGGGUACUCUUACGAUGCGGUCGCACCAGCGCCUACGACUACGACUACGUAUUCUCCGGAUGGUUUACCACAGAAUAUCGCAUUCCAUCAACAAUACCUAAAUCCGCCGCCGCUAACGACCGACCCAAAGGCAUAUCAGCUGAUCGCGCAACUGCCAUCCUACGGCCAACGACUUGACCAUGGCGGUAUAUCGUGCGGUCCCUCCAACGGCGCGGAAGGCAAGGUCACGGCAAUGAUACCGACGGCUCUGCCCUUCCAGGAUUUAAGGAAGAGGGUCGUUGGUUCCCAGGGUCGACGAGGAAUCCUCCCAAGCACCAAUCUUGCGGAGCGCGCGGGGAUCCCGGACAAUACAGACGGCAGAUUCCCGUGCCCACGCUGUAGCAAGACAUAUCUCCAUGAAAAACACCUCAGGCGACUCUUUUGCGUCAUACUGGAGAGCGACCCUACAUGUGUAUCCUCUGUGAAAACACCUUCACGCGAAGCGACACCCUCAAACGUCACUUCAGGAAGUGUUCCCUCCGACGGGGCAACCCAACCGGAUUAG